AUGGCAGGACCAGGCCUGAAAGAAAGCUGUAACACUGCGUGGGGAUUAAGCGAGUUGAAGAUGGAUUUGCUCCGAAGGCGUGAGGUGAAGUGUUUAGAAAAAAGGAAAGGGAAGAGAACAGUCUUCCUCGAGAACGUUUCCCACAGUUGCACUACGGGAAAGGAACUUGAGAAUACAUUUGGAACCGGAACAAGUCAAAGAGCCGGGGAGGAAUGCGCUGGGUAUGAUAUGAAUACUUCAAACCCUACUAGAAGAGCUCGAAGAACCGGGCCGCGCAUGUGCAACAAAGCACUCUUUCUACUUGAACACAACUUUCGGUUAUUGAAAGAGGCGACAUACCGAGAUGAACAUGACAGAGUCAAACAUUUUGUACUAACGUAA